UGUAUACCUGGACGCGACUUUUAAAAAACUUGUUGUCCACGGACAACUUAAUUGAAAAAAGUCAGUUGCCCAGACAAGCAAAUGUACGACUCGGGCAACUCGGACAUUUGAUUUCGCCACCCCUGCAAGGGUCGGUGAAAAUUGUACGUCGAAGUACAUUUCUCGUUCUACCUAAAAAUAAAGCUGAAAUGAAAAGUGUUCUAGUGUUCCUGAUCCUGCGGGUCGUAGCUGCUGUUGACCAUUCAGUUGUGAUUGACAGUAACUCAUGUGGCACUGAAUUUUUCAUCAAUGAAGAGGAUGAGAUUACACUGGAGUAUGAUGGAAGAACGUUAUCAGAAGAUUGUUGGAUUGACUUCUCAACAGAAAACCUGGAAACCAGAGAAAUGUGCUUCAAACCAGAGAAGUUCUUGAUCUAUCGAGACUCUGGUCUAAUAGUGGAGUACCACAAAGAUCUGAUCACCCCUCAGUCAGAUGAGGAGUUCGAUUACUACAGACAGGAUACUUCAGAGUGGUGUGAUUCAGCAUCUAAGGUUUUCAUGGUGUUAAGAGCAGGAGACCAACCAUCCAAAUACAAUGCAGACAUCAAAAUCAAAGCUCGCGUGCAUGACAAUGGUGACAAUUUGGAAUACAUUGGAUAUACAAUUAUUGGAUUUCUCAUUGGUGUUGUGGUUCUGGUGAUCGCUGCCUGCGUAAUCGCUUUGAUAUGCUGCUACCGUAAGCAGAAAAAUCGCGGUCAAGUUUUCAAGCAGCAGUGUGACACCACAACAGUGUCCACCUAUCCUUCGGCCCAGCAGAGCCCACAAGCUGGGUAUCAGCCUAAGGGUGGUAAGAAGGCUGGGUACCAACCACAUACUGGUUCCCCAUCAUCAUUUCAAGCUGAGUACCAGCCUCCAGAUAAAGCGGAUUCAUUGGCACCACCACCCCCAUAUUCUGCAUAUACCUAAUUAAGAGAUCAACUGGAAAAAUGAAGAAAUUUUACAGAAAUAUAAGGGUCUCGGGUGUGGGCGAAGUGGGCGAUUUCUUCUCCCAAUUAAUCUUAACUUGCACAUUAAUUUCAUGAAGGCGAAGUGACUUCUCCUUCUUAAUGAUUUACUUUGUGCCAGAAAAUGACUGAUUAAAAUUAAUUUGAUGUGGAAAAUUGACACAGGAGGAUUCUCAGCCAUAAGUUGCCCCAUUUACAGGUCAUGCAAAGUUGAACAUUCAAAAGAACAGUGGGAGGUAUUACACUUCUUGAAAUUGUUAAUAGAUGAUGCCUUGAUUAAUUGCCUUGUGCUGGCUACCAGUAACAGAAAAAUAGAUGAGCGGUCUGCACCCACAAGGCGGUGCUCUUGUUUUCUCAUAUAAUAUAAUCAAAUUAAUAAAAAGAGAUUUAUAUAUUGCCAUGUGUCUGAAAUUGUGCCUGUUUAUGUUUAAGUUUACUAAAACAAAAACUGGACAGUCAAUGCUCUAGAAUAUAAUUUUAUACAUUUACAUUUACAGUGAAAUGUUCGUUUUACUAUGUUGAAUAUAUCGUUACAACAUAUUUUUGCUUUAAGGGGCAUUAUUAUCAGCUUUGUUGAGAUUGUGUAAUAUUUUCUAGAUCAUGAAUAUUUACAUUCAUUGUAUACAUUGAACAUACAGAAGUCAAUUUGUUGGCUUUGUCUCCAAUCAUAAAGAAAUGAAUUGAAAUUAUUAUUUAAGACAAAAUGGUGUAAGUGCAUAGUUCAACAACCAAAUAUCAUUUUACAGUAUAGUUUUUAUGAGUUUCCCUUUGGUAUGUAUAUUAUUUUGAACAGAGCAUACAUUAAUUCAUAUUAAAAUCGAUUACCAAUUAAUUUGCAUAUAUUAACAUGGACAUUUAGAGGUUAUAAGGAGUACUGAGACAACAUUUCAUUUUUCAGUUCUCAUAGCUAUUACAUAUUACUUGUUAUUCCCCAUAAUAACAGUAGAUGUUUGGAUGGUUCUCUUCAUCCAGAUUUUGUUUUUCCUCUGUAAUUUGUAAAUGCCCGGAGGGAUUUUGAUGUUACUUUGGAUUAGGUUUCUCCAUGAACACACAAUGUGUCUACUUCACAAGGUCGCCAUGGCGUAAUGGAUAUGGUUUCUGCCUAGUGUCCGGUAGAUUACAGGUUCAAUCCCGACUGGGGGAGCUUUCUUAAGAUCUUCCCCAAAGACACCAAGCACUGGUUCUACCCAGAAAACAGACUUCAGAGUGUUUCAAUAGGUCAUAUGCUUUCGAUGCCAUCAAUCUAAAAUAAAAAGGUUUAAACUAUAUACUAAAAUUCACUUGCUUAUUGGUAAAAGUUCAAGAUAAGCAAUAAAUUGUCCAAGGUAAAACAAUUGCGUUUCCUAUCUGUAACUUUGUAAUACCUGAAAGGAUAAUAAUUGUACUUAGAAUUAUUUUAUCCCAUGUCAUACAAUGUUCCACGCACAACUCCCAUGCUCCUCAGUUUAAGGGCAAGGUCAAAAUUCAGAAACAAAGGUCAUGAAUUUUGGUUUGUGCGUGUGUGUGUUUUUAGCUCACCUGAGCACAACGUCGUUGCUCAUGGUGAGUUUUUGUUAUCGCUUUUUGUCCGUUGUGCAUUGUGCGGCGUCAACAUUUGCCUUGUUAACUCUCUAGAGGCCACAUUUAUUGUCCACUCUUCAUGAAAUUUGGUUAGAAGAUUGGUUUCAAUGAUAUCUUGGAUGAGUUCGAAAAUGGUUAUGUUUGCUUGAAAAACAUGGCUGCCAAGGGGCGGGGCAUUUUUCCCAAUAUGGCUAUAUAAGGCUAUAGUAAAAUCUUGUUAACACUCUAGAGGCCACAUUUAUUGUCCGAUCUUCAUGAAACUUGGUCAGAAGAUUCAUCCCAAUAAUUUUCUUGGACGAGUUCAAAAAUGAUGCCCGUUGGUUGAAAAACAUGGCUGCCAGGGGGCGGGGCAUUUUUCCUUAUAUGGCUAUAGUUAAACCUUGUUAACACUCCAGAAGCCACAUUUAUUUUCCGAUCUUAAUGAAUUUUGGUCAGAAGAUUUGUCCAAAUGAUAUCUUAUAUAAGUUCGAAAAUGGUUACGUUUGCUUGAAAAAAAUGGCUGCCAAGGGGCGGGGCAUUUUUCCUUAUAUGGCUAUAUAUGGCUAUAGUAAAAUCUUGUUAACACUCUAGAGGCUACAUUUAUUGUUAAAUCUUCAUGAAACUUGGUCAGAAGAUUCAUCCCAAUAAUAUCUUGGAUGAUUUCGAAAAUGAUGCCGGUUGGUUUAAAAACAUGGCCGCCAGGGGGCGGGGCAUUUUUCCUUAUAUGUCUAUUUAUAGUAAACCUUGUUAACACUCUAGAGGCAACAUUUAUUGUCCAAUCUUGAUGAAAUAUGGUCAGAAGAUUUGUCUUAAUGAUAUCUUGGAUGAGUUAAAAAAUAGGGGCGGGGCAUUUUUCCUUAUAUGGCUAUAUAAGGCUAUAGUAAAAUCUUGUUAACACUCUAGAGGCCACAUUUGUAGUCCGAUCUUCAUGAAACUCGGUCAGAAGAUUCAUCCCAAUAAUACCUUGGACGAGUUCAAAAAUGAUGCCGGUUGGUUGAAAAACAUGGCCACCACAGGGGCGGGGCUAUUUUCCUUAUAUGGCAAUAGUAAAACCUUGUUAACACUCUAGAGGUCACAUUUAUUUUCCGAUCAUCAUCAAACUUGGUCAGAAGAUUUGUCCCAAUGAUAUCUUGGAUGAGUUAGAAAAUGGUUUUGGUUGCUUUAAAAACAUGGCCACCAGGGGCGGGGCAUUUUUCCUUAUAUGGCUAUAGUAAAACCUUGUUUACACUCUAGAGGCCACAUUUAUUGUCCAAUCUUCAUGAAAUUUGGUCAGAAGAUUGGUCUCAAUGAUAUCUUGGAUGAGUUCGAAAAUAAUUAUGUUUGCUUGAAAAAAAUGGCUUCCAAGGGGCGGGGCAUUUUUCCUUAUAUGGCUAUAGUAAAAUCUUGUUAACACUCUAGAGGCCACAUUUACUGUCUGAUCUUCAUGAAACUUGGUCAAAAGAUUCAUCCCGAUAAUAUCUUGGACGAGUUCAUUAAUGAUGCCGGUUGGUUGAAAAACAUGGCUGCCAGGGGGCGGGGCAUUUUUCCUUAUAUGGCUAAAGUUAAACCUUGUUAACACUCUAGAGGCCACAUUUAUUUUCCGAUCUUUGUGAAACUUGGUCAGAAGAUUUGUCCCAAUAAUAUCUUGUUAUCUCAGGUGAGCGACAGUGGGCCUUUCAGGCCCUCUUGUGUUUUUUUUUUU